AUGGUCUUAUUUUCAGGUAGUUUUUUAGUGACAGAAAUUGUGUUUUGGACGGUUGGUGGGCUCUACCUCCUAGCUGACAUUACAGGAAAACCAAAAUGGCUGAAACAAUAUAAGACACAACCUAAUAAAAACCAGCCGUGUGAUUUAACUCUGAGUCUUCCAGACCCCAUCACCUUCAUCUGGAAUCUUAUAGUUUGUGUGAUGGUUGAAGAAGUAGGGUUUUAUUAUUCGCACAGACUACUUCAUCAUUCAGUAUUCUAUAAAACCAUCCAUAAGACACACCAUGAAUGGACAGCUCCUAUUGGCAUUGCUUCAGUAUAUGCUCAUCCCAUAGAAUACAUCUUCUCCAACAUAGUACCUUUAGUUAUAGGACCAGUUCUAUGUGGAUCAUGUCUUAUAACUAUAUGGAUUUGGUACACACUGGCUCUGGUAUUUACGAUAAUUCAUCACAGUGGCUAUCAUCUACCGUAUUACCCUUCUAACGAAUUCCACGAUUAUCAUCAUUUAAAAUUUACAGAGAAUUUUGGUGUUUUGAGUUUAAUGGACUGGAUACACGGUACAGAUACUAAUUACAGACGAUCCAAACAGUACAAGCGAGAUAAAAUUAUUUUCUCUUCUAGGGAAAUGAAAAUUUCUUGA